AACUGAGCUCUACUCCGAGGAGACCCGUGGAAGUGAGUGAGCCUGAGCGAGCGCCGGGUCUCCGGACUACCACAGGCAGGCGCCGACGGGAUCCAACCCCUGCUAGGACCUGCGGGGAUCCGCCUUCCCGGGGGCGGGGAGCCGCGAGGCGCCGCGUCUACAAAGGCAGCGGCCGCGAUGGGGCUCCGAAGGCAGAGAAAGGGACCGGGAAGCGGCUGCGGGGGAGUCUCUGGCACCAGAACCCUCCUCUCGCUUAUCUGUGAUAGAUCACCGGGGCAACCGUUUUCCAGACCGAUAAUUGUGCAUCUUGCAGUAUUGGGGAAACAACUGGCCUGCUUCACAGUUCAAGCUGAAGUCCAGACGUGCUAAAGCAGAACCAUAAAAUCACAGGGCAAAUGGGGUCAUCAAGCAAAAACCAGAUCUACCUUGUGACAGGCGGCUGCGGUUUUUUGGGGAAAAAUCUGGUCCAGAUGCUUCUGAAGGAGGAGCCUGGCCUUGCAGAAGUGCGCGUCUUUGACUUGCACCUUGAUGAAAGCAUGCGACACCUGGAUAGAGUGACUCUGAUCCAGGGCGACAUCAGCAACCUGGAGGAUGUGAAAGCAGCCAUGAAAGGAGCCCACCUGGUCAUCCACACUGCCAGCCUGGUGGAUGUUUGGGGCAGAGUCUCACCUGAAAAGAUCACUGCAGUCAACGUUCAAGGAACUCAGAACGUCAUUGAAGCAUGUGUGACACAAGGAACUCAGUACCUGAUUUACACCAGCAGCAUGGAAGUGGUGGGGCCCAACGCGAGGGGCGACCCCUUCUUCAGGGGAAACGAAGAAACCAAAUAUGAGGUUGUUCACACCGAGCCUUACCCGGUUAGCAAAGCCAAGGCUGAGCGGUUGGUCAUCGAAGCCAAUGGACGAGCGGUGGAAGGAGGGAAGCAGCUGGUCACUUGCGCUCUUCGGCCGACUGGCAUCUAUGGGGAGCACCACCCACUGAUGAAACAGUUUUACGAGAAAGGGCUGAGCACCAAAAAGUGUCUUAUCCGAGCCGUCCCAGCCUCCACUGAGCACGGCAGGGUCUAUGUUGGCAACGUGUCUUGGAUGCAUCUGCUGGUGGCCCGGAAGAUCCAGGAGUCUCCCUCGACCGUUUCAGGCCAGGUUUAUUUCUGCUAUGACGACUCGCCUUACAAGAGCUACGAGGACUUCAACAUGGAGUUUCUGGGCUCCUGCGGCUUCCGCAUGCUGGGCUCCCGGCCGCUGCUGCCUUCCUUCCUCCUGCGGUUCAUGGCGCUGUUCAACGCCUUCCUGCAGUGGCUGCUGAAGCCCCUGUGCAACUAUGCGCCCAUCCUCAACCCCUACACUCUGGCUGUCGCAAGCACCACCUUCACAGUGCAGACCAGCAAGGCCAAGGAGCACUUUGGCUACCAGCCCCUCUACAGCUGGGAGGAGAGCCGGGCCCACACUGUGAAAUGGCUCCAGGAGAUCGAUGCCCAGAGGCAUGCUGGGAAAUGAGACACGGGCCGUGUGUGCGGGGGAGAGGGACAGGGGAGCCAGGAUAGAGAGGGACUCCCCCCUCGCUCCCCAAAAGCAGCCUAGCCCUGGGUUUUGCUUCCACUGGAGCAUCCGAGUACAUUUUCCCACACUCUUGCCGAAGCUGUGUUUAUGAUACCCGUCAAGAGUAAUUUCAUCUCGGUAGACUCUGGAUUACACUAUUGGUUUAAUCCUUGUAA